AGCACUCCGAAAACGGAUAAACUUGAUCGGCUUGUCAUGCACAAAGUAUGCGAACUUGUCAAGUUUGGGAGGUCCCACGUUCCAGUGUCGGGCCGAUUCCGCCGCGUUCGCGUCUAACCGGCCAAGUCGAAGCUCGCUAACCCCGAAGGCACGCUCGUCGCACCUCAGUUCCCCGUAAACCCGUUCAGCUCCGUACAAACCGGAGCGAGCGUCUCGUUUUUCGCACCGUCCCGCCAAGCGCGCCGGUUGUUGUCCUACGAGCACGGACCGCGCCCGAUCGGCCGCGACUAGAGACCAUGAGUGCCCAAUACCGGCCGUACCGCGACGACGACAACGGCACGGACAGCGAGCCGAUGACCUGGGCUGACCAGGAGCCCGGAUCGGUGCAGAUCUACGAGAAAACGACCGAGGACAUCCGCGUGGUGUCCCACCGAAACCUGGUCAUCGGAGGCGUCGGCAUCGCGUUGCUCGGUCUGUUGGCCGGACUGCUGGCGGGCUACUUCGCCCACACGCAGCACUCCGGCUGCGUUCGUGGUAAAUCCGUGGCCAUCCACGCAGUCUUCGACGCGGACCCGACGAUCCGCGAUCGCCUGCUUCAGAUGGUCAGCGCUCAAAGGAUCAAUGACACCGUGCGGACCCUGCUGUCCCCGGAUGCCCAGACGGACGACCAGCUAGUCGAGUUGCUGCGUACCACCUGGAGCCGACACGGCCUGGAGUCUGUCGAGCGCGACUCGUACGACGUGCUGCUCUCCUUCCCCGACGCUGUGCGCCCAAACAGGCUCGAGAUCCGCGACGGCGCCACCCGGGAGAUGGUGUCCAGCUUUGACCUGUUCAGCGCUGAGCACAAACCCUACGUGGCCUACGCUCCGGCCGGCUCGAUCGAGGGCCCAGUGGUGUACGCCAGCCACCUGGGCCACCGGGAGGUGGACGCGCUGCACGAACUCAACGUCACCCUGGAAGGCAGCGUGCUGCUGGCACGGCUGGGGCUCUAUCCUCCCGCCUACCAGAUUGGCUUGGCGCAGCUGGUGGGUGCCAAGGCACUGCUGCUAUACCCUGAUCCAGCAGAGUUCCACCCGACGUUGGCGCAGAACACCGUGGCGUCGUCACCCUGGUGGCUUCCCAACGACGGCACUCCGUCCCUCUCGGCCCUGGCCAACAUUUUGGGAGACCCCCAGACGCCGGGGUACCCCGCCACGAGCAGUGCUCAUCGACUGCCAGAAGACCAGCUGGCAUUGCCGCAGAUCCCGGUGCAAACGAUCAGCGCCAGCGUGGCUCGUCUGAUACUCGAGAAGCUGGGCGGGGUCCCCGUGGAGAAGAGCAUGCCCGGCAGCUUCCCUGGCCUGGACUACCGGGUGGGUGGGGGCUCCCACGUGGCAGACCUCCAGGUGCACAACCGGCUGCAGAACCACACCGUCCACAACCUGGUCGGGUACAUCCGGGGAAAGGUGGAGCCAGAUCGCUACGUGCUGGUCGGCAGUGCCCGUGACUCCUGGGGCCAGUCGGAGCUGGGCGGGACGGCCGUGCUCCUCGAGCUCACCGCUGUCUUCGGGCAGCUCCUCAAAGAAGGGUGGCGCCCUCGACGUUCCAUCCUGUUCUGCAGCUGGGGAGCGGGGGAGUUCAAUUCCGUGGGAUCCACAGAGUGGCUCGAGGAGCACAUGAAGCUUCUGCACGGCCGUGCCGUGGCUUACAUCGAUCUGGAGACUCCCGUCAUGGGAGCCAGUGCCCUGAGUGUUUCGGCGUCGCCCCUGCUAUACCACGCCGUCUUCAACGCUACCAAGCAGGUCCCUGAGGGAGCCCGCACGGUGUACGACCAGUGGGCCCGGGUGUUCCCCAUGCGGCGCAACGUGUCGCACCUGCUGUUCCCUCCCAGCGUGGAGCCGGGGGAGGAAGACGUCUUCGAGGAGGAGGACGAGCUGCCCCCGUUCCUCCUUGACCCUGUGCCCAGGGAGCUGCUCGCCUCCUACGUGCACGCCGCCAUGCUGCCCACCCGCCCCGCGGUGCUGCCCAUGGAAAUGAAUGGCGGCUAUGCGGCCUUCUUCACGCGCGCCGGCAUCCCGGUGGUGCAUAUGAGCUACCUCGACGACGUGAUGCGUAAGUUGUCGAGCGUGGCUUUUCCCGUGAAGCACACCCAGUACGACACCUUCCAGCGUCUUCAGGACCACUUCGAUCCGGAGCUCAAGGUGCACGCCAGGGUGGCCCAAGUGGCGGGGGAGCUUGUGCGGGACCUGUCGGACUCGUUGUUCCUGCCCUUCAACCUGCUGGACUAUGCGCAGCUGCUGAGGGACCUCUACUUCAGUCUCCACAUCCACAUGGGCAGCCUGGGGCACGGCCUAGAUCUCAGCAUCUUGGAUAGCGCAGUGCAGAACUUCUCAGCAGCCGCAUUUGCCUUCCACCUGCGGCAGAGCAACCUGGACACUUCGGAUCCCAUGGCAAUACGUAGGGUGAACGACCAACUGCUGCUGCUGGAACGGGCCUUCCUCGACCCCGUGGGGCUGCCCCAAAACCCCUAUAAGAAGCACAUCGUCCUGUCCCCGGCCGAGUCCCCGGCCUACGUGGACGAGAUGUUCCCGGGCAUCACGGACGAGUUCAUGCGCUUCCUCGACCAGCUGGGGGCGCCGGAAGACCUGCGCCCGCACGCCGCCACCCUGCACAAGCACUACCACCUGCUCGUGCAGACCCUCGUGCAGGCCGCCGACUCCCUGGCAGAGGUGGUGCCUCCGCAGGCCACGCCCUCCCAUGCCACACCCACUUCGGCCACGCCCACUUCCUGAGGGCGGCGCCCCUUCCCGUAGCUCGCUCCCCGUGAGCCUCGCCGGCCGAGGUUCUCUUGCUAGGAGACGGGAGGACGGUGUCUCGGUCGCGUCCCUCCGGGUCACUGCUAACUGCCACGCGGAACCCAGUUUGUUGUGCGAAAGGGCCUUCUCGACCUCGGUGCCGGCCCGGUGGCUGGGGAUCCCGAAAACACCCGCCGUCGUCCACCUUUCCCGGUGUCUCUUCUGGGCGUCGAGGAUGGGCUGGGAUCAAACUUCGGGUGGCCAGAUGCUCAAGCCCACCGACGAAACUUUGCUGCAAGUGCACGUAGCUGGAACAUUCUCCGUUUGCUUCGUCUGUGCCCAUCCCCCCGGUUUCUCACUCUUGCGUCCCCUCGGUGUCAGGACGAUGGUACAAGUCGACGGCGGACGUGUCUUCGAGCUCCCGCAACAGUGACGUGCAUUCCUGUCCUUUCCGGUGGCCAGACAUCCACGUCCAAAUAAGCCGUGGUCCCUAACCGUAGGCGCCGACGACAGUGGGGAGGUCUUUCUGUCGUCCCACCUCCUACGGGAAGCCGCCACCUUUUUUUAGUGCCUUGACCGCGCAUGCAUGCUUGGCGACGGAACAAUGUUGUAGGUGGAAAGCUCACGCCAGGGGUGGGGACAUUGAAAGACCCCCCACAUCCUUUCCUUCUGAAAUUGUUGACGACUAUCGUAGACAUGCUCGAUGUAAACAUUGUCAAUACGUUCUGCAGGCAUCACGCAGUAAGGUGGGCUCUGUAAGCCUAGAAUUCUUCAGGGUGCCCGAUGGUACCUUUGGGAGUUAUCGGUGUCCUGUACAACAGACGUAAUAUGUCUGAGGGUUAGUCCCAAAGCCACCCAAUCGUCGUCUGUUCUUAGCACGUGGAUUACCUUGAAAGUUGCUGGUGUUGUAGAAACAUCCUUACUAAAUUGAGGCCUUCAAUAUGAUGCAUAGUGCCCGUAUUUUCCUUGUAGUUCCCUAGUAAGAACUUCCUCGAAGCAUGUGUCUGUACACUCCCUGGAAAUCUCUAAUUAAAGCUUUCCAGGAGCAUAUAUGGACAUAUCUUCCCUAGAACUUCCUUCUAGGGACAUCGAAGGCUAAUUUGAAGUCCUCAUUAUAUCACCUCGAAGGUUGCUUGACUCUUAGAAAGGUCCAUACAAAAUUGAGGCCUUCAUUACAGAACAUGCUUUUGCAUUCCCUAGGAGGAACUCUCUAGGAGCAUAUGUUCCCAUACAUGCCCUAGAAAUCCCUAGUUAAAACUCCCUGGGAGCAGAUAUGUGCAUAUCUUCCCUAGAACUCCCCUCCUGGGUCGUUAAACACCGAAGUGCAUGGUAGUCCCCAUUUUGUGCAUGUGGAUCACUUGAAAGUUGCCCGAGUCGGGAAAACGUCCUCACAAAAUUGAGGCGUUAAACAUGAAACAUGUGCUCAUUACUCUCGUUGGAAGAACUCCCUAGCAGCAUGUCUGCCCACAUCUUCCGUAGAUCUCCCUAAUUAAGACUCCCUAGAAGCAUAUAUGUGCACAUCUUCCCUAGAGCUCCUUCAGAAUGUUAAAGGCCAAUGUACACAGUCCCCUUUCCGUGUUGCAUAAUUAGUUUCUUGAGUUCUUUUCAAGUGACGUUGUUGCCUCAAUAACUUGCCAAUGUUGAUGAGGUGACUGGGGUCAGCCAUGGCCUGCAUUUAUUUAUCGUCUUUGCAAAGGCUUGGGCAGAGUCUUGCUGCAGCUAGCGCUAACACGCAUGCUUUUUGUACCACAUUGCUUUAUAACCACUGUUACCAGGGCUGGGCAGGAAUACUUGGGGACGUAUCUCAAACAAUAGGUGCUCUAAGGCAGCUUUUAAGGGUCUCAAAUGUGAGCACUGCAGCUAUUUAAGACAAUAUGGAUCACACUUUUUUUUGCAUGUCAAAUCUCAUCAGUUUAUGGAUGAGGAAAGGGUUGCAGGCUGGACAAAGCAUCCAACAUAUUUAUUUAGGAUGACCAAUGCUGCACAUUAGCCUUGUAUCUAUUUAACCGUGAAGUGUUUUACAUCAUGGAGAUUGUUGCAGGAUGUUGAUCCAGAAUAGAAGACAAACCAUUGAAGACACGUUUACCUUUUUCGUUUUUGACGGUACAGCAGGUGAUAUUUGCCGCGAGAAAAAGAGUAUUUGUCGCCUAUAGUUAAAAUUGAAUGGGCGAGGCCUCUUUGAAUUCUUUACAGCAAACACUUAUCUUUAUUUCAAGUGAAGCUGAAGGAGAGCAGUCAGUGUCAGGGUGGAUUGACUCUGUUUUAUUGGAUCAAAUAUUUGUGAUCCUGGCUUUGACUUGCAGGUGUAGCCUACUUUAAAACGCACACAGAAAGUGUACUCAUUUUUCUCUCAUGUACACUGGUGCUUGUAAAUAAAUGCAUCCGAUAGCAUUAUGAAUGUAAAGUGAAACUUGUUCAUGAAAACCUCAUUGUGUGGGGGGCCUUCAGCACUGAGUUUUUGUACAAUGUGUACAAUGAAACCAGAAGCCCACAAAGUGAUAUUUAAAGCUGACAUGUAGCUUCGGAAGUUUCAAGUCUGUCAAAUUUAUAGACUCAACAAGUUGGAUAUUUUAUUAGUAUCAAACCUUUUGAAACAUCUUUGUUUCAUGUUUGAUACUUGUUUUUUAUUAGUUUUUCUUUAAAGGAAACGUGACAUUUUUAGAUGCUCAGCAGUGUUGCCUGAGAGAGAGAGAGAGGUUAUUUCCUGAAUGCACUUGGCUUGAAUGAAAUGUUACGAAAUACUUCUAGAAAAGAUUGUCAUACAAUGUAAGGAGCUUAUAUGAAAGAGCCUUCUUGUAGGGCUACUGGUAAUUUCUCGAACGGAUGCCUGUAUCCCUGUAGACAUCUGUACCAGAGACACAGGUACCUUUAUUACUUUGUGCAAAUUCACACCAUUUUUGCACCAUUUACAGAUUUUUAAAUGGCAACAGAGAUGAAGGAUUUAGUCCCACACUCUCCUCGUGAAUAUGAGAAGGAUGCUUAAAGCAGGGUACCCAAACACACACAGAUGCAUGCACUUAGAAGAAACAUGAUCAGCCUUUUUAGUGGGUGUAGUUGGCCUGCAGUCAGGCUUGAAUAAGGACCUUAGGUAGUAGUACCAUUGCAUUAUUUUUGUGUCGCAUUACUGCCCAGCCCUGCCCUCUCGCAUAAGUGUUGCACACUUCUCAGUGGUGGGUACCAACACCCUUUCGGUAGCUCUGUCGCUUGGCUUCAGAGAUGUGUCUCCUGGCGCCACCUGUCACCCCCGGUGUUCUCUUCCCGCGUUCCGUCCGGAGUCUCCCACAGGGUGGGGCUCCAGCAUUCCAAGCACACAUUCCAGGGCCAUCGCCGUAGCCAUAUUGACCCAAGCUCUGUGUGAUGGCCUCCCAGAGUGCAGCUAUUUUUAGGGUACAAGUGGGCAUCUAGUGUGUCCUUUGCACGGUUACAAAAAAGAAAGAAAGUGCCUGAGUGUAUUUUGCUGAGAACAGCUUAACCUUCCCGGUUUUUGUUGAAUGUUGGCCAUCGUCGCAUAGUUGCUGGUCCGGUACGCCAGCAGGAUUCCCACCCUGUUGUAUGCCUCAUUUGUCCACUCAUUAAACUAUUGUAAUGAAACUUGAA